AUGGUGGAGUUCAUCUACAAGCUGCGCAAAACGGCGGAGCGAGAGCAGCGCUCCUUCUGCAGCGCCAUGGCCGAUGAGAUCCGGCUGUCCCUCACGUGCCAGCGGCGGGUCAAGCACAAGCCCCAAGCACCCGUCAUGGUGAAGACGGACGCCGUGAUCAACAUGCACACGUUCAACGACCGACGGCUGCCAGGGAAGGACAACAUGACCUGGAAUGGGAAUGGGGGGGGUGGGAGGGAAGGCAGUGCGGCAGACAAGGCUGGAUGCGCUCUAAGUGGGGAAGAAAGGAUUGAAAACAAAACAAGUGGUUUGAGGACAGAUUUUGACUUGGAUAUCAUCAGCCUCAAAGAAGAUGGCCUUGAAAAGGUUGGAGCGUGGAGCCCUUCCAAUGGUUUGAACAUCACAGAAAUCUCCAAAGGACGAGGCCCUAAUGUCACAGACUCGCUGAGCAACAGAUCCCUCAUCGUCACCACGGUCCUGGAAGAGCCCUUUGUCAUGUUCCGUAAGUCCGACACGGCUCUGUUUGGGAACGACCGCUUUGAGGGCUACUGCAUCGACCUCCUGAAGGAGCUGGCCAUCAUCCUGGGCUUCACCUACGAGAUCCGGCUGGUGGAGGACGGCAAAUACGGGGCGCAGGAUGAGAAGGGGCAGUGGAACGGAAUGAUCAAGGAGCUCAUUGACCACAAAGCUGAUCUGGCCGUUGCUCCUCUCACCAUCACCCACGUUCGGGAGAAGGCCAUAGACUUCUCCAAGCCCUUCAUGACGCUGGGGGUCAGCAUCCUGUACCGCAAGCCCAAUGGGACCAACCCCAGCGUGUUCUCCUUCCUCAACCCCCUGUCUCCCGACAUCUGGAUGUGCAUCCUCCUCGCCUACCUGGGGGUCAGCUGCGUGCUGUUCGUCAUAGCCAGGUUCAGCCCAUACGAGUGGUACGACGCCCAUCCCUGCAACCCGGGAUCGGACAUCGUGGAGAACAACUUCACCCUGUUGAACAGCUUCUGGUUUGGGAUGGGAGCGCUCAUGCAGCAGGGCUCGGAGCUGAUGCCCAAAGCACUGUCUACACGGAUCAUUGGUGGCAUAUGGUGGUUCUUCACCCUAAUUAUCAUCUCGUCCUACACGGCCAACCUCGCUGCCUUCCUGACAGUGGAGAGGAUGGAGUCCCCCAUUGACUCGGCAAACCCAUCUAUAUUUCUGGAGUAA